AUGUACGAGACCCUUCGGCCUCUGAUAUUCGUUUUUGCUCUAGACACCAUCAUAUACGCUGCAUCCGGCACUGGCGUUUUAGUUACCAAUCCUGGCAACGAGACUGAGCCCAAGCUCAAAAGACAACAGCUAACGGCGGGUGAUUUCGCCUUCAUCCCCUCAUGGACGGAACAUCAAGAGCUCAAUGAAACUGACGAGGACGUUGUUUGGAUACUCAUCCGGAGCGGCCCCGAGCCAACAGUGGUCUGGCUCGAGGACUGGGGCGGAGAUGAGGCAAAAGCAGACUAG